CUUGCAAGGCCCUAUAUAUAUAUUGUGAACACUCGCCUUCGCUUUACGACGAUCGCACCAUAAGCAGAAACAACCAGCUUAUCCAGCCAUGGAACAGGAGGGGAUGUCUGCCGCCGAGAGACGUCGGGCGGCGAGGCAGCGGAAAAUCCUGGAGAACGCAGAUAGCAGGAUGAACAGGCUCUACGGGAGGCCAGACGCAGCAGUGGCUCCAGCUGAACAGAGGGAUGCCAGCUCGUCUCCGUCAGCUCCGGCCUCCGCGUUUGAUCCGUGCCCAGACCCGCCAGAUCAGUCAAUUCACGAGGUUCUGACUCGAUCUCGCCCCCCGACUAUGCCCGGCUGGCCGACCGGGCUGGGUCCAGCGCCGAACAUGGAGGACCUCUUCAGACAGAUGAACGGAGGAGGGCAGAGUGGCGAGGGACAGGGAGGAGGAGCGGGAGAGAUGGGUGCGGAGCCAUCUCUAUGGUGGGGUCGAUGGGACAAAUACCGGUGGAUCGUCAUAGCACUAACUGCGCUGUUCACACGACUGGCGCUGCUACUGGGAGUUGGCACGACGGUAACUCAGAACGUCCUAGUGCCGUUUUUCGUGCUGGAGACGACGGUAUACGUGAUACGACUGUGGUCCGUGCCGCUCAGAUCAAACAUGGGUCUUCUGGGCACAGCGUUAAUGCUUUGCGGCGUUUCCCCUCGAACUCUGGACCUAUGGGGACGUUACAUCACCUUUCUCAGCCAAGCCUGGAGCGAUUUCAUGGUUUACAUGUUCGUUCUCGUGUUGGCAUUCAGCUACGGUGGCGAAGCCCUGGCGGCAGAAGAUGGAACCUCAACUUCGGAUGAUGGUUCAAAGGCAGCGCCACCACCGCCUACUACGCCAGUGCCCGAUGACGUGAAUUUCGAGUUCUGAUAUCGCGUACGAAACAUGUUGUGAUUUUUCGCCUAGGGCUGUGUCAUAUGACAGAUUAUGUAUCUUGGACACUGUUAAGACACGCAGAGGCUACUGAGGCUAUGCCGGGGCUAAGUUUAGUUUUGAGUUUGUUAUAUUUAGAUGAGUGCUGUCAUUGGGAUUUGUGAAGAUGGUCGUAUAAGCGUUGCGUUAGACACCUUAUCUGUUUUAGGGUCUGUGAAGUAUAUUUGGUACCAGAGGCAUGCUUCUGUCGUUACUUUACCUGCCUUUUUUCUAGCAUAUCUUGAGUCCUUCCCAUCGUACCAACUCGUCCUAGCUUUUUUCCAAGAAGCUUUUUUGUGGAGUUAUUUCCGGCAUUCAUCGUUGUAUGCAAAUUGUCAAACGCGGUGGCGAUGAAGUGAAUGAAGGUUGUGCUUGAGGUGAUCUGAUGACAAUAACUAUUUCAUCUCUUCACCAAAAACUGGCGCCUGUAACCAAGCAUAAGACCCGUGUGUACUCCGGCUCAGCGCUGUGAGAUGUUACCGCAUGUGGUGCCGCCCUGGUGGCGAAUACUCGAACUGAAAGUCGUUUGAAGGUUACGAGAUGUCGCUGCCCACCGAUGUCUGCUCGCUCAGCCGUUGUACAAUGUCAUCCAUCACAUGUCAACGGAUCAAAGCAUUCGUUUAUCGCAUCUUGUAAUCCGUGACUUGUAAGUGGCGUGAACAUCUUUGGGUAUGCUGCUGCAGCCACUGUGGUCAUAACUGACCGUCAUAACAAUAAUUCUUCGAUCUUUUUGAAAAUACAGUUCUGACAUGA